AUGCCGAUUGUCAACGGGACAGUAACUGUCCUUGAACCUCCAGAAGGCUAUGUCGUCGACUUUGACAAUCCGCAAAUGCAGUAUGUGGUGGAGUCAUACGCAAUUGUCGCCGUCGAGAUGACACUAGGCUUCCUCUUUUUGAUACAGCGAUUGUAUACGAAGACUGUUAUCAUGAAGAGUUUCCAACUGGAAGACGGUGUGGUGAUUUUUGCUUGGUUCUUCUGCAUGGGCACACAAAUUUGCGGGCUCAUGGGACUGGCGCAUGGGGCCAUCGGACGACACGCAUGGGAAAUCAGCCUUGAGAAGUAUACCUUCUACUCGAGGAUCAUUCUUGCAGCACCACUUCUCUAUGCAAUUGGCACUUGCGCAGCAAAAGUGUCCCUGGCCCUCUUCUAUCGAAGGUUGAACCCUAACAAAGUCUUCCAAGGCUUUGUCUAUUUUACCCUCUUUGUCUGCCUGUCUGCCUAUACCUCUAUAUUCUUCAGUUUGCUCUUCGCAUGCAAGCCUGUAGCGGCGAGCUGGGAUCCUUUGCUUGCCGCUCUUCCGACAACAAUCUGCCUCAAUCGCGGUGGCAUUUACCUCGCACAAGCCGUUAUCGGGAUUGUCACCGAUGUUCUACUACUCGCGCUGCCGGUACCUACAGUGCUGAAGCUUCAGAUGCCUAACAAGCAGAAGCUUGGCUUGGUUGGCAUCUUUGGUGUCGGAUCAAUCACGAUUGUUACCUCCAUAGUUCGCCUGAUCAUUCUCUUACCCUCUCUGACUACUGCGGAUCAGACUUGGGUCAUCGGCGAGGGCUUUAUGUGGAUUUUUGUGGAAGCUAACCUCUUGAUCAUGUGCUGCUGUCUCUCCACCCUUCGUCGUUUCUUUAAGCACUUCGCGCCUCGACUGAUUGGCGAAUACUCGUCAGGCAGCAACAGCAAGCCCCACUCGCGCGGCUUUUCGCGCAACCACGGACAGCGAACUUUUGGCAGCGGUGGCGCAAAACGCACCUUAGACACGCUUAUGAACACAAAGAACGACGACGGCGGUAUACCACUGUCGUCGAUCGAUGAGAUGGACAAGCAUGUGGGGCACGUAUCGACGAAUGCGAAGGCUCUAGUUAGAGACAGCGACAGCGAGGAGGCUAUUCAGUUUGAGCGAAGCGUACAGGUUACUUAUGAGAACCGGGACGAUCGUAGCGUGAGCGGCGAAGUGGCGGCAGCGAGAGGGUAUGAAGGGACUCAGGCUCAUCAGCCGAGAGUAUGGACAGGCAAGAGGGCGCCGGGUGCGCAUUGAGUGAGGGUGGGAUAACAUGCAUGCGAAUGUUUCGGUCGUGGCGGCGGUCGACCU